GGGUGAGCUUUUUUUCAUUCCGCCAUUUUGACAUUGUGUGGCUGAAAUUUUGCUCGAAAAAACUCGAUUUUUAAAGCAAUUUUGAGCUUUUGAACUCUUCAAAAUCAUCAUGCAGAUCUUCGUGAAGACUUUAACUGGUAAAACCAUCACUUUGGAGGUUGAACCAAGCGAUACUAUCGAAAAUGUAAAGACCAAAAUCCAGGACAAAGAAGGCAUCCCUCCAGACCAACAGCGUCUUAUCUUCGCUGGUAAACAGUUAGAAGAUGGNCGUACUUUGAGCGACUACAAUAUCCAGAAAGAAUCAACCCUUCACUUGGUAUUGCGUCUGAGAGGUGGUAACUAGACAGUCGUCAGUACACCAGUGAACUUCCACUAAUGAACUGCUAAAUGAUAUAGAAUUACAGAACUUAACUGGCUUUGUUAAUUUAUUUUUCCCUCUGUGAUUGUAAAUUUUGUUUAAGAUUUUGAACAGGAAUAAAAUUUGCUAAAAUAAA